AUGGCGCCACCAAAAUCAUACGCCGAGAUCGUGCAGGGGGCGCGUCGGCCUCCUCCUCCUCCUCCUCCCAGGGCGCCCCCCCUGCCCGUCCUGCCACCCUCGACCUCGUCGUCGGAGGUGGUGGACGAUGUGCCCACACCCUCGCCCUCGCCCUCGCCCACACCCUCGCAGCUGGUGGGAUCGCGGCCGCGAUCCUAUGCGUCUGCCCUCCGGGGUACCAACAGCCCUCCUCCUCCUCCACCACCACCACCACCACCGCCACCAGCAGCGGCAGCAGCAGCAGAAGCAACAACAACAACAACGGCGACAAUGUCGCCACCACCCUCGCCUGUGCCGCCGCCGCCGUCUCCUUCUCUGGAGACGGUGGUCUCCAUCGACCUUCCUGCGGUGCCUGCGCCUGCGCCCGCGCCCGCGCCCUCGCCCUCGCCCGAGGGGGCGCCUUCAACGGCGCCAAACGCGCACCUCUGGCUGGACCCCAACACCUGGGAUCUGGUGGUCCGCUGCGGUGGUCGUGGGUGGCUCGUCCACCGACAUGUGCUGGCGCGCAUGUCGGAGUGGUUGGACGAGAACCUACCAUACGAAGGCCCCGAGGGCGAGCCGGGCCUCUGGUCUCCCGACCACGCCGCUUGGAACCCAGGCAGACUUGAAGCCGUCUUUCGCUUCAUGUACCACGAGGACUACCCGUCGGGCUGGUACGACCCCAACAACCCGUCGGACAUGACGCCUAUCAAGGACAACGUCGCCCACUACAUCUGUGGAGCUUCUGUGCUGUGCCAUCCUCUGAUGGCCGAGGCAGUCCGCCGAAUCGACGUGGCAAGAGCAGACAUCGUCAGGCAGCUGCCAGCCGUCCUGCAGGACCGCGACAUGCUCGACAAGUUCGAGUACGAGUUCAGGAUGGCGAUGGUCAACCUGUACGCCGAGCCGAACCAGGGGCUGCUCCGCGACCUCCGCAUCGUGAUGGGAAAGCUGGUCGCCGACAUCUUCCCCGCCAUCCUCCAGCACCCCGAGUGGUCUGCGACUUACGAGCAGCAAUGGGGCAUCUUGCGUGUCCACGUCGUCGCCGACCACAAGUGGCUGUACCAGGCAGGCCUUUGCGAGAAGAAGGACGUCAUCGAGCACGGCUUUGAGCACAUGAGUGUCCUCUGGAUAGACCACGGCCGCGAGGGUUGGCAGCCGGCCGCCGAGACCUUGUUUCCCCAGAACCUCGUAGGCACCCUCCCGCAGCCUCCGCCGCCUCCGCCGCCUGCUUCCACCCAGCAGCAGCAGAGCAGGAGAAGUACGACCAGGGCCAUUCCUAUCGUCAACCCUGACGGAACUGUCGCGCCACGCCAGGGAGCCACCGUGCCUCGUGGUGCCCGCGGAGGUCGAGCCCGAGGUCGAGGAGCACCCAGUGGCCUUGUCGAGCCUGCCCCUCAGCCCGCGCGUGGAAGAAGCAAGCAGAAAGCCAGGACGGAGGCACAGACUUCUGAGAGCUCUGAAGCUGGACCCAGCGAGCAGGGCGAAUCAUCGUCCGCCAGCCAGGCGACGCAGGCUACCACCUCCUCUGGAACCACGACCGCAGCAGGCCCUUCCGACGCCGGCCUUGCAGCUGAGCAGCCUAUUCGUGACGACGCCGCCCGCCGCGCAUACUGGAUGAACAUUGUCGCGCAGUACAACCAGCCCACCGCCUAUGUGGACAUGGCUGCCCCGAACCUCCAGCCAACCAGACGUCCCUUCUCCCCAGUUCGCCCGUCAUCAUCCUCGUCUGCGCUGUCCGCCAGAGCCGAGACCUUCCGCCCGGGCGAGUCAUCCAUGCACUCUGCCGCCGCUGGCCCCUCUUCCUACUAUGAGGACACCCCUACUACUUUGCCACCCAGGGCAGACACGGCUGCUUCGGACGCAUACCUCAACGAUCCCGCCCGCCAGGACGAUCUCUACGGAUCGAUGGAUGACGAGCCGCCCAGCCAAGACAAGGGCAAGGGCAAGGAGAAGGCGAAGGAGGCUGCGAGUUCCACCACUGCUGGCGAGUCAUCCAGGCAGAGCGGGCACACGACGUCUCGCGAGGGAGAGUCCAGCAGGUCCCGAGAGCGUACUGAGCAGCUGACACAAGCCUUCACGUCUUUCGACAUCAACGAGAGUGAGAACGGCGAUGAUACCAGCCCUGCUGCCCCCUCUGCUCCCGAGAGCCACGACGAGGAUGACACCUGA